AUGAUCACUAGAUCUCGACGGAGCAACCGCAACGAAGAGUUUUUGAUCCUGUCCAACGCAGAACUUGCAAGAGCAGAACGAGCAAACAGACAACGAAGGCCGAAUCCAGCCGACAUGGGCGAUAACGGCAACCCGAACAUGGCUGCUCAGUUGCAGCAGCUUCAGCAGCAGAUCGAGCAGAUGCGGAAGGCUCAACAAGAUCGAGAACAUCAACCUUGUCCUGCUAUUGGAGACAAGGACAAUCCGCACACUUUCUAUCAAAACCGGUCUGCGAUUGUCCCUCCAAACGUGCAGAGGCAAGACUUCGAGAUCAAGCCCGGCAUGAUCGCUCUAGUCAAGGAUCACAUCUUCCAUGGACUUCCUGCUGAGAUCCCUGCGGACCAUAUCCAGAACUUUGAGGAGAUAUGCAGCACGACUGGUUCGAAUGGAGUACCGGCUGACUUUCUGAAGUGCAAGCUAUUCCCGUUCUCACUUGCCAACAAAGCAUCUCGCUGGCUGAAGUCACUACCACCUGGUUCUUUGACUUCAUGGGACCAAGUUAGAGCAGCUUUCCUGGACCACUUCUACACGAAGUCCAAGAAUGCAGCUCUAAGGACGAAGAUCGCAUCUUUCCAGCAGUAUGAUGGAGAAGCUUUCUGUGAAGCAUGGGAGAGAUACAAGGAGUGCCGAAGAGAGUGUCCUCAUCACGGAUACUCUGACGAGCAGAUACUGAGCAUCUUCUACGAUGGAGUCAACUGGGACUACAGGAAUGCUUUGAACGCAGCCAGUAAUGGCGAUUUCAUGACGAAGUCCAAGGAAGGUGCAUUCCAGCUGAUCGAGAAUCUUGCAGCGAGCUCGAGCAACAAGAACGCUGAGUAUGACAGGACAGUGAGCACUGUAUCUGUCAAAGGAAGCACCGCUGACGCGAAGAGGAUUGAGGAGCUCACUGCGAAGGUGAACCUAUUGAUGAAGGCGCAGCAGAAGUCCGUUCAUUUCGUUGACGAAAACGACGAUGCACCUAUCUCCCAAGAGUUUGGAGGAGAUGAGGACGAUGAUGAUCAGAUGGAGAUCAGAUGCCUCUAG